GUGUCCCUCCCUCGGCCUCAGGCAGGCAGAGCUCCGCAAAAACAGGCGCAGGUGCAGCUGCAGGUGUGCGAGACCACGACUCCUCCCCCACUCCAACCGGCAAGGGCCUGACGGGCCUCCUUUAGACAGUUUGCAUUUAAAGAGGGAACAGGUUCCCUAUAGACGCUGCAGCCGCUCAGAUUGAGUCAUGGGUCCCAGACCACAAGCAGCGACGGACCCCUCAGUCGACUUUGAAGAGAAACGCGAGGAGGUGAAGGAUGCAGCCAUCCUGCCAUUCCACUCCACCUUAGACCUAGUCAACGAGGAUCCAACUCAGGUGGAUCCCUGGGAUCUGCCAGAGUUGAAAAACACUGGACUCAAGUGGUCAGAACUGGACACCAAAGGGAAGAUCUUGCGCGUGGUGACGGCAAUUGUGAAGCUGGCACUGUUGCUGGGACUUCUCUACUUGUUCAUCUGCUCUCUGGACGUCCUCAGCUCGGCCUUCCAGCUAGUGGGAGGCAAAGCUGCAGGGGACAUCUUCAAGGACAAUGUCAUCUUGUCCAACCCUGUGGCUGGCCUGGUGAUCGGAGUCCUGGUCACAGUGUUGGUGCAAAGCUCCAGCACGUCCUCGUCCAUCGUGGUCAGCAUGGUGUCAUCUGGAUUGUUGGAGGUCCAGUCUGCAGUGCCCAUCAUCAUGGGUGCCAACAUCGGAACAUCUGUCACCAACACCAUUGUGGCCAUGAUGCAGGCAGGCGACCGCAACGAGUUCCGCAGGGCCUUUGCUGGUGCUACCGUUCACGACUUCUUCAACUGGCUGUCCGUGCUGGUUCUGCUGCCCCUGGAAGUGGCCACGGGGGUCCUGUACAAGCUCACCCUCCUCAUCAUCGAGUCCUUCCACAUCCAGACCGGAGAGGAUGCCCCGGACCUGCUCAACAUCAUUACUGACCCCCUCACAGACUCCAUCAUCCAGCUGGAUAAAUCUGUCAUUACUGGCAUCGCCACUGGGGACCCGGAAGCCAGGAACAAGAGUCUGAUCAAAAUAUGGUGCAAGAAAAAGACCAACACGACUUUCUGGAAUGCCACGGUGGAGACCUGCCCCGCCGGCGCCGUCUGUUGGGAGGAAAUGAACCAAACGUGGACGGAGAUGAACACGACCUGGACUGACUACCAAGAGAAAUGUACACAUAUCUUUGUCAAUGCCAACUUACCCGACUUAGCAGUGGGCCUGAUUCUGCUGGGUCUGUCCCUCUUCAUCCUCUGCACCUGCCUCAUCCUCAUCGUCAAGCUGCUCAACUCCAUGCUGAAGGGCCAGGUGGCGCUGGUCAUCAAGAAGGUGCUCAACACAGACUUCCCCUUCCCCUUUGCUUGGGUGACUGGCUACAUCGCCAUCCUGGUGGGUGCGGGCAUGACCUUCAUCGUACAGAGCAGCUCCGUCUUCACCUCAGCCAUAACGCCUCUCGUUGGUAUCGGAGUCAUCAGCCUGGAGCGGGCGUAUCCUCUAACUCUGGGCUCAAAUAUCGGUACAACCACCACCGCCAUCCUGGCAGCGAUGGCUAGCCCCGGAGAAACGCUCGCCAAUUCACUGCAGAUUGCCCUCUGCCAUUUCUUCUUCAACAUCAUGGGCAUCCUCCUGUGGUAUCCCAUCCCCUUCACACGCGUGCCCAUCAGGCUGGCGAGAGGUUUGGGGAACCGCACAGCCAAGUACCGCUGGUUCGCUGCCCUCUACUUGGUCCUGUGCUUCCUGGUGUUGCCCCUCACCGUCUUCGGCCUGUCGCUGGCCGGCUGGCAGGUCCUGGUGGGCAUCGGGGUGCCCUUCAUCGUGCUGGCCAUCUUUGUGGUGAUCGUGAACAUCAUGCAGUCGCAUUGCCCGCGCUUCCUGCCCCGCUUCCUGCGCACCUGGAAUUUCCUGCCACGGCCCCUGCGCUCACUGGCGCCCUGGGACACCGUGAUGACCGCCACCAUGGGCUUCUGCGGCCACUACUGCUGCUGCUUCUGCAGGUGCUGUGAGUGCUGCCAGAAGGGCCAGAAGGACAAGAAAGAGAAGAGCCUGGAGUUGUACGAUAACCCGGCACUGACUGUGGAUGACGACCCCAAGGUCAUACAAGGAACCCAUCUUUAAUAAGCAAGAUGUGCUGUCAUCACGUCUGAGACAUUCAUAUAAUUGCCAUAAGUCACAGGUGUCAAAUACAAGACCGGGGGGCCGGAUUUGGCCCACAAUAUUAUUUCAUGUGGCUCACAAAAACCUGCAAGUAAACAAUGCGCCGCUAAAGAACACUUACGUUUUAAAUUAUUUUAUGUUUUUUAGAUAUAUAUUAAUGUUCUUAUGUUAUUAUUUUUUCAAAAGUUUUUUAUAUAUGUAUAUGUAUUUUCAUAUAUACCUUUAUUAUUGUAUUUAUUAACUCAUAUACAGUAGAUUGUUUUUAUUAUUGUAUUUCUAAUUAAAAAUAUUUUUUUAAA